AUGUGUAUAUCUAGGGUGAAAGAUGGUCAAUAUGAAUGUAAAGAUUUUUUUGAUGACCACAACCAUGAAUUGCAUACAUUAGGUACUUCUCAUUUGAUACAGUCUCAACGCCAAAUCUCAAAUAUAGUUGCACAUGGAAUAGAUUUGACUGAUGAUUCCGGUAUCAGGCCCAAGGCCACUUUUGAUUUGAUGGGCAUGCAAGUUGGUGGUAGCGAAAACCUAGGUUGCACUAGGGUAGAUUUGAAUAAUUACCUUCGAACCAAACGUCAGCAAGAUCUAGCCUUCGGUGAAGCUGGGAGUUUGCUAGCAUAUUUUGAAAAUCCGACAAGGAACAACCCAUUAUUUACAUACUCUUUGCAACUGGAUAAUGGAGAACAAAUAACAAACAUAUUUUGGGCAGAUCCGAGGAUGCUCAUUGAUUAUGCAGUGUUUGGUGAUGUUGUUAUCUUUGACACUACGUUUUGCACAAACAAAGAGUACAGGCCAUUUGGGAUUUUUACAGGAUUCAACCAUUAUAGAGGUGCGACCAUAUUCGGAGCUGCACUACUAUAUGAUGAGACAGUUCCUUCCUUCAAAUGGUUGUUUGAGACAUUUUUGGAGACUCAUGGACAGAAGAAGCCCAAAACCAUUUUUACUAAUCAAGAUGCUGCAAUGUCAAGGGCAAUAGCUGAGGUUUUACCUGAAACAUGGCAUGGAUUGUGUACCUGGCACCUAAUGCAGAAUGGGAUAAAACAUCUUGGUAAUUUGAUGAAACAUGGAUCAUCAUUUCUUAAAGAUUUGAAUAAAUGCAUAUUCCAAUAUGAAAAUGAAGAGGAAUUUGAGAAUGCAUGGAAAAUUUUACUGGAUGAUUACCAACUUGGGAAUAAUUCAUGGUUAGCUCGGAUUUAUAGUAUUAAACAUAAAUGGGCAUGCUGUUAUAUGAAAUACACUUUCACACUUGGUGUGAGGAGCACACAGCUCAGUGAAAGUAUUAACAGUGAUUUGAAAGAUUAUUUGAGACCCACAUUGGAUCUUGUACGGUUUUUUAAGCAAUUUGAACGAGUUGUGGAGGAUAAGCGUGCUAAUGAAUUGAAGGCUAAGUUUGAAGCAAGAAAUACGCUUCCUAGGACCAUGGGUUGCAAUGCACCAAUACUGAGACAAGCAGGAAAAGUUUAUACCCCUUACAUAUUCAAUGAAUUUAGGAGGGAGCAUGACAUGUUUCUUGCUUGCUCUGUAAAAUAUCGUAUUAUAAAUGAUGUCUUCCACCAGUACAUUGUUGGAAUGGUUGAUGAGGAAGGUGAAUUUGUGGAAGGAGAACAUGCAGUCUUGUACAAGAUACAUGAGCAGGUUUUAGAAUGCAGUUACAGGAAAUUUGAGACAUAUGGCAUCCUAUGUUGCCAUGUCCUGAAAGUUUUAGAUGUGCUCGAGAUAAAAUGUAUUCCUAAAAAAUAUAUUUUCAGGAGAUGGACCCGAGCAGCAAAAGACAUAUUGGUGGAGGACAGUAAGGGAAAAGAAGUGAUGGAAGAUGUCCAGCUGAGUCGUACACAGCAUUUUAGGCAUCUUAUGCCUAAAUAUGUUAAGCUAGUAAACCAAGCAUCUAAUACAGACGCUGGUUUUGAGAUGGCCAACAUUAAUGUUGAUAUUUUGGCUAAAGAGCUUGCAACACUGACUAUAGCAUGUCUUACUAUAGAAGAUUCAGUUCAUUGCUCUGAAGCUUUCAUGGGUUUGGUGCUAAAAAAAAAAGAAGAUAGGAAAGGUGGUGGCAAAAGACAUAAGUCCUUCAUUGAAACUACGGGGAAGCAGAAGAAAUGUAAUAAAACAAUUAGAAGCCAAACCUCAGUUAGCAUGGAAACACUAGAAGAACCAUCUCAAAGCCUUGCUACAUCAAAUGUUUGUGGUGUAUCUCAAUAUACGGAGAACCGACUUUUCACAUCACUUUUAUUGGCAGUAGGUUCUUCGCAGGGUUCAACAACAACACCUCGAGUUGAUCUAUCUCCAGGACAAGAAACAGGUGAAACUCAUGGAGACCGUUUCAAGGAAGCUUGGACAAUAAUGAAGAAUAAUGUUGUGAAAAAUAGCUCCGUUUUCUAG